AUGUCAUCUACCUAUUCAUUCGAUUUGACAAGACGUUUAACAACAAAUCCUACUCUUCAAUCAUCAAGAAGAAUAUCACGAUUAUUUCAUGAUACAUCUGUUGAUCAACAACAACUGCCACAACAAUUAUUAACUGUACCGUGGCGUCGUCAACAAAGUUAUCAACAACAUGACAUAGUCUAUAAUAAUCAUUUAACAACACCAAAAGUAAAACAGGAGCCAACCUAUUCUCUUACACCAGAGAAAAAUAAAAAAUUUGAUAUUUUUCGUGUGCGAAAACUAAUCAAUAAUGAAUUGAAUUUUGUUCCACACACAAUUAAAUAUGAUUCAAAAAUCUAUUUAGAAUUAAUUAAAGAUUUAACCGUACAAUUAAAAAAAUCUAUUCGAGAUGUAACCUAUUCAAGAUAUAAAAUAGUAGUGAUAAUUACAGGUGGACAAAAUAAUUCAAAUCAAACUCUUAUUUAUGCAUCACGAUGUCUUUGGGAUAAAACAACGGAUGGAUCAUUAACAGUGAACUACAAAGUGGGAGAUAUCUAUUUGUUGAUAACAGUUUAUUUUGUUUACACAGAAUAA